AUGACCUCCAUUGCCGAACGUACUUCAGACAUCGAUCAACAACACUCCCACCGCGAUCUUGCUUUUUAUGCUAGUUCCUCUGGAUGCGGCACAAACCCAACCCUCAGCAACGGUCUAAACUACAUGGACGUCAAUGGGCAGUCUCGGGAGUACAUCAUUCAAGCCCCCGACAACUAUGACGCCAGUACUCCUCACAAGCUUGUGAUAGGGUACCACUGGCGUGACGGCACCAUGAACAAUGUCGUUGAAAACGGAUUCUACGGGCUGAGCUACCUGGCCGGGAACGCACCCACCAUCUUCAUUGCUCCCCAGGGGCUGGGCAACGGCUGGGCCAACAACAACGGUGACGAUAUCGCAUUCACCGACCAAAUCCUCGACGCGAUAGAAUCCUCCUUCUGCAUUGAUCAGGACCGCCGUUUCGCCACCGGCUGGAGCUGGGGUGGAGGCAUGAGCUACUCGGUGGCCUGUUCGCGAGCUGACGUUUUCCGCGCUGUUGCGGUUCUUUCCGGUGCUGAAAUCAGUGGUUGUGAUGGCGGAUCUCUUCCCAUUGCAUACUUUGGUCAGCAUGGAAUUAGCGAUAGCGUGCUGGGUGUCGAGCUUGGCCGUACAUUGCGAGACCACUAUGUUCAGGUGAAUGGCUGUGAUGCUGCGACUCCCCGUGAGCCCGGGGUUGGAAGCGGAACACAUGUUGUAACUGAUUAUACGGGUUGUGCUGAGGGUUAUCCUGUCCAGUGGGUUGCUUUUGAUGGUGAUCACGAACCACUUCCUUCAGACGGAGGUUCCUCGGAUUCAUUUACCCCUGGUCUUAUUUGGAACUUUUUCUCUCAGUUUUAAACUAAAUCAAGGGGAGCUGCUUUGGAAAGGCAUUACGGAGGAGGGAAAGAUUGACAGAAGCUGUUUAGUGCCUUCUAUGUCUAACCAUAUUGUCUCUCGAUGCAUGUGUCAAGGAAGUUAUGUUUGGG